AUGUUGGUGCUCCUAAGGGGUAAAUUGGAUUGUCUUGCAGCCGUAGCGAGGAAGAGGCCCAUCCACUAUAGUUCUGUUCUUUCUGCAUUGCUUAAUUUUGAUCCGAAUUUUGAGAUGGGAAAGGGAGGUCACACAGCCAGUAUUCAGUAUUCUCUAAGAACCGCCUUUUUAGGAUUCUUGAGGUGUACUCAUCCAGCCAUUGUAGAGUCAAAGGAUAGAUUGCUUAGGGCUUUGCGAGCAAUGAAUGCUGGGGAUGCGGCCGACCAAGUUAUCCGACAAGUUGAUAAAAUGAUGCGAAAUAAUGGGCGUGCUUCACGUGAUGCCCGGUUAAGCAAGGAUGAACAACCAUUAAGUUAUAUGCCUGUUUUAGGGGAUUCGAUGAAGAAAAGGUCCACACCUCUAGAUAAUGAAGAGACAAAUGGUAGUUAUGAUGUUGCUUCCAAAAGGAUGCGUUACGACCCAAACACCCAUGCAGUACCACCAAUUCAAAUAAGUGAUUCUAGGCAGGAUAACUCUGUUAAAGAGACACCCCCUGAGGUUCCUUCGAUAGACAGUGCUUUAACUCCUGUUGAACAAAUGAUUGCCAUGAUUGGUGCUCUAAUAGCCGAAGGAGAAAGAGGUGCUGAAUCACUUAAAAUUCUGAUAUCUCAAAUCCAUCCUGAUUUGCUGGCUGAUAUUGUCAUAACUAACAUGAAGCACCUGCCUAAAUGUGCCCCACCAUUAACGAGACUUGGGAGCCUGUCAGUAACUCGACAAAGUGAUUCUUCUAGUGUUCCAGCCCAGGUCGUGACACCAAAUGGUUCCACAAGUUCUGCACAGACUCCCAUACAUCCAGCACAAGUACCUUUCACAUCAUCAAAUGCAAUCAGCCAAACAAUGUCUGAGAUGUCCACUUCUAUUGAUCUCCCAGCAGAUGCUAAACGCGAUCCACGAAGGGAUCCACGUCGCCUUGACCCACGGCGUGUGGCAAUACCCGUUGGAGUGCCACCAAUCCCUACUGUGGAGGACAAUUCAAAUUCUGUGCAUUCCAGUGCUAUACACUCUUCAGUUGAUGCUCCAAAUUCAUUGAAUAAGGCUCUUUCGGUGCCUCAGGUGACAAGUGUUGAAAAUGCUUCAGUACCUUUGAUGUCCCAAACUGGAACUGACUUAAACGUCUUAGAGUAUCCUGUGGUUUCUAGUGCUGAUCAACUGUCAAAUAAGGAGGAGGUUUUGGAUGAAGAGGCCAAGGAAGUGGUCCUUCAUUCGGAGGUUGAUAUUGCUUCAGAUAGUGCAGUUUCUCCGUUUUGCAAAGGUUACCAGGACACAAUUCCAGAAAAUUCAACAGAUAAUACAAUGAUAGAUGAGGCUCAUUCGUCGUCUUUAAUGGAAGAUGAUCAACUUUCGCCAGUUGUGUCAACCACAGCUGUCUCAGAGGAGACUUGUCCUGAUUUACCAGUUGUUCCGUCAUAUGUUGAGCUGACUGAAGAACAGCAAAGAAUUGUGAGAAAAUUGGCCAUUGAACGGAUAAUUGACUCGUACAAGCAUUUACAAGGAACAGACUUUAAGCAGACACGCAUGGCAUUGCUUGCUCGAUUGGUUGCUCAGGUGGGACAGAACCUUCUCUUGAUUGAUGCUGACGAUGAAGUGGUGGUGAUGAUGCAAAAUCAUAUUGUGUCUGACUACCAACAGCAGAAGGGGCACGAGCUUGUGAUGCAUGUCCUGUACCACCUGCAUACUCUUAGCAUGUCGGAUUCACUCGAAGAAUCUCCAUUUGCUGCUGCUGUAUAUGAAAAAUUCCUCCAGGGAGUGGCAAAAUCUUUGCUGGAUUCUUUACCAGCUACGGACAAGUCCUUUAGUCGACUUCUCGGCGAAGUUCCUUGGUUGCCCAAUUCGUUGUUGAAACUGGUGGAUGAUAUGUGCUAUGACACUCGCUUUGGAAAAGAUGUUCAUGAUGGUGAUCGUGUUACUCAAGGCCUUGGUGCUGUGUGGAGUUUGAUUUUGGGGCGUCCAGUACAUCGUCAAGCCUGCUUGGAUAUAGCUUUGAAGUGUGCUGUCCACUCACAAGAUGACAUUCGUGCAAAAGCUAUCCGGCUGGUGGCAAACAAACUCUAUGUGCUGAACUACAUUUCGGAAAAUAUCGAAGAAUUUGCAACAAAUAUGUUCUUAUCAGCUGUUGAGCAGCAUGUUUCAGAUAUAGAGUUUUCACAGUCUGGAGCCAUUGAGCAAAGAACAGAAGAGGAGAUGGGCAGCCAGGAAGCUUCCGUUAGUGGUUCUCAAAUUUCAGAUUUAGGAGUUUCUGAAAAUGACUUGGUGAAGGGUACACAAUUGGAUUCUCAGAGUGAUUCCUCAGUGUCAUUUGCUCAAGCUCAGCGCCUCAUUUCUUUGUUUUUUGCCAUAUGUUCAAAGAAGCAUAGACUUCUUCAACUUGUAUUUGAUAACUAUGCUCGUGCUCCCAAGGCUGUAAAACAGGCUAUCCAUCGGCAUAUUCCUAUUCUUAUAAGGGCUCUAGGGUCGUCUUAUUCUGAAUUGCUCUGUAUACUAUCCAAUCCACCACGAGGAAGUGAAAAUCUUCUGACGUUGGUGCUCCAUAUUUUGUCUGAAGGGACAACACCUUCCUCUGAUGUUGUUGCCACAGUUAAACGUUUAUAUGAAACCAAACUUAAGGACGCAACUAUUCUUAUUCCUAUCUUGUCUUCGUUUGCCAAAAAUGAGGUUUUACCCAUCUUUCCACGGCUUGUCGACCUUCCAUUGGAUAAGUUUCAAACUGCGCUUGCUCACAUACUGCAGGGUUCAGCUCACCAAGGUCCAGCAUUGACUCCGGCAGAAGUGUUGGUUGCUAUCCAUGAUAUAAAUCCUGAGAAAGAUGGCCUUGCACUUAAAAAGAUAACUGAUGCUUGCUCAGCUUGUUUUGAGCAGCGCACAGUGUUCACACAGCAGGUUCUGGCAAAGGCUUUGAACCAGAUGGUUGAUCAAACUCCUCUCCCUCUGCUCUUCAUGAGAACGGUAAUCCAGGCGAUUGAUGCUUUUCCUACACUGGUUGAUUUUGUCAUGGAAAUACUCUCCAAACUCGUGAGUAGACAGGUAUGGAGGAUGCCAAAAUUGUGGGUUGGAUUCUUGAAAUGUAUCUCUCAGACCCAACCACAUUCUUUUCAUGUGUUGUUACAGUUACCAUCACCACAGAUUGAAAAUGCCUUGAACAAAUAUGCUAAACUUCGAGGUCCCCUUGCCGCCUAUGCCAACCAACCUAGUAUUAAAAUUUCACUACCAAGAUCAACCCUGCUGCUUCUUGGCCUUGCAAAUGAAUCACAUAUGCAGCAACCACAUCUCACAUCUUUGCAUGCCUCAGACACAAGUUCUUCAGUUCAUGGUGCGACAUUGACGUGAGCUCUGUGGGAGUUGAGAAAUUCAGCAGCAACACCACCAAAAAACAAGAUCACCUUUUACCAAAUUAGGGUUGGGCUCAUACCACGCUUCCAAUCUUCUCGUGGUCACUGCAAAUAGGGGGAAAAUGUCGGUGGAUUACUCGGAUGGUAUACAUUCUGCUGCUCAGUAAGAUCUGGGUGAAUUAGAUUGGGAUGGCAAUGGCGUGCUGACACAUUUUUCCGGCGAGAAAGCAUCAUCCAAAAGCUCUCCACCCUUCAGCUUGUCACAGAAUGUACAUUAGCUGAUUAUUUUUUUUCGAUGUUUUUAAUCGUUUGUAGAUUAGUUUUUAUAUCCAGUGUGGAAAUAGAUACAGC